UCUCUCUUUCUGUCUCUAUUGUUCCGUCUCUUUCUCCUGAAUCUUGCCAAAUUCCUUGUCUUCAGCUCCCCCCCUUAAAAGUCACCCAUUUUAGUUAUUCUCCCUAUUCCUCUCUCUUUUACUUUUACCAUUACAAUAUAAGCCUUUUCUUACUUUGAAACCCGAUUGACCACUAAUAGUUAAUUCUUGUAACUUAAAAAGAUCACCUCCAUUCUCUUUCUCUAAGUUCCCUUCUUUUCCUUUUCAGUAACUCCAAAACAUCCACCACUUGAACUAAUUAUAUAAGCCCCAUCUCUUAAUAAUUAAGAAGCCCUUGUUUUGCAACCUUUUAUUUAAUUAGAGAUAAAAAAAAAUGUGGAUGAUGGGUUACAACGACGGGGGAGAUUUCAACAUGCAGGAUUCCUUCAAUGGAAGAAAGCUUCGUCCACUAAUGCCAAGAGUCCCUCAUCUUCCCACUGCUAAUAUUUCUACUAAUCCAACUUGUUUAAGAAGUAUUCAUGGCGAAAAUUUUAUUGCACUUAAUCACCAUCAGCUUGCUAUGAGUGAGCAAAAUAAGAGAGAUUUUAAUACACAACAAUUAGUUGUGAGCUCACGUUGGAAUCCAACUCCAGAACAACUUCAAACCCUCGAGGAGUUGUAUCGACGUGGCACGAGAACUCCUUCUGCUGAACAGAUUCAGCAUAUUACUGCUCAACUUCGACGUUAUGGGAAAAUUGAAGGCAAGAAUGUUUUUUACUGGUUUCAAAAUCACAAGGCUAGGGAACGCCAAAAACGACGCCGUCAACUUGAAUCUGCUGCUGCUGCUGCUGGUGGCGAUGAUCAGUCUCGUAGUAUUUGUAACGCAGAAAACACCGGAAGGAAAGAAUCAGGGGCAAAUAGGACAGGAUUUGAAAUUGAACAGACCAAGAACUGGCCAUCCCCAACAAACUGCAGUACUCUUGCAGAGAAAACUGUGGCAACAACAAAAGCAGCAGGAGUGGCAGAAUGUAGAAUAGCAGCAGAAAGAUGGAUACCACUCGAUGAAGGAGAACAAAGAAGGAGCCUAUUACUAGCUGAUCAAAGGAAUGCCACGUGGCAGAUGAUGCAUUUGUCUUGUUCACCUCCCACCUCCACCACCCCCCAUCAUCAUCUCAUGAACAUCAACUCAUCUACUGCAUCAAUCAGUAAUACUAUUACUACUCCAAUAAUUUGCAGUAGUAGUCCAUCAACACCAAGAACGACAAUGGAGCCAAAGCAACUCUUCAAAACCAAAGAUCAUCUCAACAUUUUUAUAGCACCCUUCAGAACAGAAAAUAACAAACACGAAAAUAUCGAAAACAAUCUUGGAGAUGUUGGCCAGGAAGAAUCUCAGACCCUUGAAUUGUUUCCUCUCCGCAGCAGCAACGACGAUAAUAAUCUUUCAGAGAAGGAUGAAGUAGAGAUAUCAGGGGCCGAUGCUAACUCGAAUAGUAACUUUAGUGGUUCUCAUUACCAGUUUUUUGAGUUUCUUCCACUUAAAAACUAAGGGAUCUAGAGACCGGGUGCUUUAAUUUCUUAGUCUCUUCCUAUUUAUGUAACUUAAAAUUAAUGAUGGGAUUUCCCCCCUAUUAUUAGUAAUGUUGUGGUUCAAUGAUAUAUGUAUC